CCAAAUACAAAUCAUAAGCUAGGAAGACUAGACAGAGCAAAGGAAUUAUUUUAUUUUAUUUUUUAGGGAGGGGGGAGAGAUGUAUGUGGCAAGGCCUCUUUCAUACUACCUAAGAUCUCCUGAAUAUCUUUCAUUACCACCAGAGGGUCCAAACUCUGGUUAUUUGGUAAUCCAAGACGAAGAAUCCGAGACUACUACUUGUUUCGGAUUGUGUAAGAAUCGGUAUCUAAUCAAUCUGCCUUUCCCUCAGAACAAGGACCUCACUGUUCAAGACUCGUCCGGUACUGUUUUUUAUGAUGCUACCUUUGUUCCAGUUCUAAAUCAGCCACUGUCUUCCAAUCUGUAUUAUGCAAUAAAGCUACAUGGGUCUCGUAAAGGGGAAGCAUAUGCUUGUUCAAGGGAGGAAGACAUGCGUACCUGUUGUUUUUGCAACUGCAUUCGAGACGUUGAUCCAAGACCACUAGAUCCUAAUGACAUAUAUCAGCAAUUUCAGAUCAUUCCUUAUGCAACAGCUUGCAGAAGUGGUGGUACAUUUUAUGCUACAUCAAUUUUACCAGAUGCUUUUCCUCCGUACUUCUUAAGAACAAAAGGGUGGGAAAUUUAUACCAAAACUGUUGAAUUCACCCCAUGUGAAGGAGGUGAUGCUCUUCCAUGGGAACACACCUUGGUCAACAAUGGAAGGCCACCAACCAUCUUGAAGAGUCAAGGAUGGAGGCUGCCCAAAGGCUCUCCCACCUACUCCCUCACCUAUAAAUGGAGGUUGAGAGGAGAGAGCAAAAUAAGGGCUAACUGUCAAACAUCAGUACGGACAAGUGAGACAGAACCGAACAUCAGGGAUUGCAGCACAGACAACAAGCGUAUGUGGAAACGCCAGGAGGUUGUUCAGAAGUGCAGAAGGGCAAAGGCUGGUUGUUCAGAAAUAAGCUCCGAGCAAGGAAACUUGAGGAUGUUGAUGCGUCAAACUCUGAAGUUUUCUAGUUGCUCCAGUGUUCAUCAUGCAAGGAGUUGCAUGAUAGUCAAGGGCAUCCAAGCAGGGGGUGCAGGACAUCCAAUCAGGGGGUGUCGGAUAUCUUGGUUGCGCAAGUUCAAGGAUAGCAGGUAUAGACAUCCGAGACAGGAAGCAUGGAAGAGAUCUCUUCAGGGGAUGCAGCGUCUCAGUGAAGAGAUGCAGACUUUGUUGAAUUUGGGCGUGACAAGAUUAGCAGCAGUGUGUGCAGUGGAUCACCUCACAUGGGUUGAGGGGCCCAAAAACUAUGAACUAGGUGAAGCGCUAGGCAUCAAUACUGCCCUCCGUGCCAGCCUUCCAGCAUUCGAUUUCCCACUAUCCUACAAGAGCUCAGAAGCCAUUGUUGUGGGGAAGUGGUAUUGUCCUUUCAUGUUUAUCAAAGACGGAACACUGAGAGAUCAGAUGAAAAUAUCAAUGUUCUAUGAGAUGACACUUGAGCAAAGAUGGGAGCAAAUAUUCACUUGUGAAAAUGGUUACAAUCAAGGGAACGUUGUGUCUGUGGAUGUCACAGUCCAAAGAGAAAGGGUCAUUGUGGUGGGUAGAGAAGCGGUGUGGGAUGAGAAUAAUGUGGCCAAUGGGGUGAUUUGGUUUACGAGCUUUGGUGGUGUAGGAGAAGAGGUGAAUAUUGGGUUGAGCUCGCUAAUCGUUGAUCGUAUGAAAUGGGAGCAAGAGAGAGGAGGGUGGCUUGGCGGCGAAAAAAGGCAAGUGACGGUGAAUAAAACAGAGGAGUAUGCAGGGAUUGGUGUUGGUGGGUGGAGUAGGUUUGGUUGCUAUGUGCUGGUUGAGAGGUUUGUGUUGAAAAGAAUGGAUGGAAAUGUGGUAUUAACCUAUGAUUUCAAGCACACUCAUGUGCUUAGGAGCAAAUGGGAAUGAAAGAGUUUGGAAUUCUUACAAACUUCCAUUUAUCUUUAUCAUCUUAUGUGUAUAUGAUGUUGUUUGAUUCUAUGCUUGUAUUUUAUUUUAAUUUUUUGAAACGAGGAGAGGAAUAAGAAAAUUUGAACGAGCUUGUCUUGAUUUCUUUUCUGUAUAUAUAAUAUGACCUUGUUUGUAUUGUUUGAA